AUGCAGUUUUUUCGCUUUCCUUCAGCGUGUGCCCGUGAGGAGCAUGAGCUGACCAGCCAGACCGCCCUUCCCGGAGCGUUCAUGCCGCGGUGUGACCGGACGGGAGACUACGCCAGGGUACAGUGUCUGGGCUCGAUGUGUUACUGUGUGGACGACAACCUGCAGCAGGUCGGCCAGAGCGUGUACCUGUGGCAGCAGCAGCUCCUGAACUGCGACGGUCAAGGGAGACCGACCGACCGGCCCACCCACCGCCCGCGGCCGCCGACGCCCCGCCCCACGGCUCAACCCAUCCCUCCAACACUCCCGCCUAUCAACGCGGGAGACUGCAGCAGCAGCCCGUGCCUGUAUGACGCGAACUGCUGGGACGCGGGUACGGACGGGUACUUGUGCCAGUGCCGCCUGGGCUACGGUGGCUCCCGGUGCGAGAACUACACCGAUCCCUGCCAGGCUGGGAACAACCCUUGUCAGAACAACGGGACUUGUCUGUACAGCAGCUGGGACGGCAACACCUACCCCUACUGCCAGUGUCAGCCAGGCUUCACAGGUAGGUGGUAG